AUGGCUAAUGAAAGUCCCAGGAAUGUAACUGAGGAUGAAAUUAUUUGUUCAAAGCUUGCUACUAAAGAAUAUUGGAUUGAACAUUACGAAAGAGAACUGAAAAAUUUCGAAGAAUUUGGAGAUGAGGGUGAGAUAUGGUUUGGACAUACUGCUGAAAAUCGCUUGGUGAAGUACGUUAGCGGGAAUGAACAGUUAUCAAAAUCAUGCAAAUUGAUUGAUUUUGGUUGUGGCAAUGGUUCUUUAUUGAGAGCACUGCGACAAGAAGGCUAUUCUCAUUUGUGUGGUGUUGAUUAUUCCGAAGAGGCAAUAUCAUUAGCCAGGAAACUUGCAAACAAAAAAUACGCAGGAAGUAUUCAAAUUGAUUUUUGGGUAGUCGAUCUACUGAGUGAAGAUAUUAAUUUGGGGAAAUUCGACGCAGUGCUUGACAAAGGCACUUGGGAUGCGCUGUCACUCUCAGUCGAUCGUGAUUAUCGUUUGAAAAAAUACAAGGCAAAUGUUUGCAGAACUCUGAGAUCUUCUGGAUUUUUCAUCAUUUGUUCAUGUAAUUUCUCGAGGGAUGAACUGAAAAAGCAAUUUGUUGGUGAAGAAUUAGGUUUUCUCGAAGAAGUCCCAUCUAAAAAUAUUUUUGAAUUCGGUGGUCGAAAGGGUUCAACUACAACAUGCAUGGUAUUUCAAAGACAGUAA